GCCAGCACGUCAUAAAUCACGGAACGGGUCACGGGGGACCUAACGCCAUGACGUCGUCGCAGUAACUCCCUGGAAUAUCGAAAUCUUCCCUGGCAAAAGCAAAAAAAUUAGUGAUAAAUGUCAUCCACCUCGUUCUGCUAAAACCUCACUGUCCUCUCGAAACACAAAAACCUGUUCUCGACUUCUCAUAGUUUGCAUUUAUUUUUUUCCAUAUCCCACCUCUCUUCCCGCAUCCAUGGCCAAGGAACCAGUCCGUGUCCUCGUCACCGGUGCCGCAGGGCAAAUUGGAUAUGCUCUUGUUCCAAUGAUUGCCAGGGGAGUUAUGUUGGGCCCUGAUCAGCCAGUCAUACUACAUAUGCUGGAUAUCGAACCUGCUGCUGAGGCUCUUAAUGGAGUUAAAAUGGAAUUGGUUGAUGCAGCUUUUCCUCUUCUUAAAGGUGUUGUUGCUACAACUGAUGUUGUCAAAGCUUGCACUGGCGUCAAUGUUGCUGUAAUGGUUGGUGGGUUCCCGAGGAAAGAGGGUAUGGAGAGGAAAGAUGUGAUGUCCAAGAAUGUCUCCAUCUACAAGUCCCAAGCUUCUGCUCUUGAGAAGCAUGCUGCUGCUAACUGUAAGGUUUUGGUUGUCGCUAAUCCAGCUAAUACCAAUGCGUUGAUUUUGAAAGAAUUUGCGCCGUCUAUCCCUGAGAAGAACAUUACUUGCUUGACAAGAUUGGACCACAACAGGGCCCUUGGACAGAUUUCAGAGAGAUUGAAUGUUCAGGUGUCGGAUGUGAAAAAUGUUAUUAUCUGGGGGAAUCACUCCUCAACGCAGUAUCCUGAUGUCAACCAUGCUACCGUCAAGACUCCAGCUGGAGAUAAGCCUGUUCGUGAGCUCAUUGCUGAUGAUGCAUGGUUGAAUUCAGAAUUCAUAACCACCGUCCAACAGCGUGGUGCUGCUAUCAUUAAGGCUAGAAAGUUUUCUAGUGCACUUUCUGCAGCCAGUUCAGCUUGUGAUCACAUUCGUAACUGGGUCCUUGGAACUCCUGAGGGUACUUGGGUUUCUAUGGGUGUAUACUCUGAUGGCUCAUACAAUGUUCCAGCUGGACUUAUUUACUCUUUCCCCGUUACUUGCAAGAAUGGUGAAUGGUCCAUCGUUCAAGGACUUUCCAUUGACGAGUUUUCAAGGAAGAAGUUGGAUUUGACUGCCCAAGAGCUCAGCGAGGAGAAAGCUCUUGCAUAUUCUUGUCUGUCUUAAAAUCUCCUUUUUUAUUAGGAGAAAUUAAGAAUAUUUUCAUAUGAUUGUGGCUAUGUGAGUAGCUGCAGUUUUCUAAUAAUGCCAUUGUUGUUCUUGUCAAAUAUCAUGAAUGGUUGAGAUAACCCAAUGGAUCUUGUUGAAGUACUUUAAUUUGAAAUUGGAUAUGUAAUGUGAGGAACUCAGAGAAGUAUUAAAGGGGAGUUGCCCGCCCUGGUAUUGGUAAUAAAAUUUUAUAGAUUUAUGAAUUGCUGCAGCUAUUUUAGAAUUUGUGGAUCUUUGUUUCUUGUUGCAUUAUUGAAUUGCUAAUGUUUAUAUCAUACCUUACAUCUUC